CCUCAGGCCAAACAGCAGCAGCAUCUCGCAUCAGUUAUGUAGACCACAUUGCCAGCGCUUCACUCCUUUGCGCCAGCAUAAAUUCCACAUCCACCACUAUGAAUGUCGAGCGAAGGAAAGUGGCCAUCUUUGGUGCUGCUGCUGCUGUCCGAUUUCUGCUGUUUACAUGUUUUCCAGGACUGCCAGAUCUGCUGACUGGCCGAGUUGAGAUCUCGACACCAGUAACCAGCUUCAAGAGACGUAAGACCAGACCUGCCGUGGCCAAUUCGUCCAAAACUCAGAGCUAAUGCGAUUAUUGCAGUACAAGAAGGUCUCUUCCUCUACAAUCACAACGUCUCUCCCUACGAUGGCGGUGUCUACCACCAAGCACCCAUACUUCUCCCUCUUUUCGCGCUCCUCCCAAGCUCGCAGUCAUGGCCGUCAAUGACAUAUUUGUUAUAUAUUUUGGUCGAUAUUCUGAGCGCAAAUGCUCUCAUGAAGAUUGCCAAGUCCGGGGAAGGCGGCUCUUCCAGUCUUUAUUGCUCUCCAAGAAUGGGCAAGAAAUGGUCUGGCUAUGCAAUUGCAGCAGCGUGAGCAUGAAUCAGUUGCUUACUAUGGGUACUUCUAACAAUCUCAUAGCUUUCUGUUCAACCCCUUCACAAUUGCAACAUGCAUUGGCCGACCCACAAGCGUCUUUACUACGUGUGCCAUACUCCACGCCAUAUCCAAAGCCGUGGUCGGGUCUUCGUUCACGUCCAUGUUUGCCCUGUCUAUAGCCUCCUACUUGUCCAUGUACCCGGUACUUCUUUUCCCUCCACUCAUACUUUUGUGCUAUGAUCGAAGGGGACCAAAGCAACAAAAUGACUCACUCCUCAGCUUUGUUUCAGGAAACGUGAUGGGAGUUGGUGGAUUUUUAUAUUCCUUGUUCCAUAUGUCCUAUAUCAUUACAGGCUCCUGGGAAUUUAUUGAAUCCACAUAUGGUGUCCAAUUAUUGCUUCCGGACUUGACUCCCAAUGUUGGACUUUGGUGGUACUUUUUCAUCGAAAUGUUCGAUUCUUUUCGAAAUUUCUUCUUGGGAGUCUUCUGGUUACAUCUUUCGUCCUACGUUGCCGGAUUGACGAUUCGACUUAGACGGCAGCCGUUGUUUGUCAUCAUUACUCUUUUGGGGAUAUUCGCGAUAUUCAAGCCGUACCCAUCCAUCUCCGACACUUCAUUAUACCUAGCAAUGUUGCCCUUGUAUAGACAUGUCUUUCCGUUGAUGAGAUACACCUUCCUUGCUCUCUCAACAAUACUUUAUGCCACACUACUUGGGCCAGCAUUUUACUAUUUAUGGAUAUACGCUGGUAGUGGAAACGCGAAUUUCUUUUACGCCAUUACCUUGGUGUGGAGUCUUGGCUUGAGCAUUCUCGUGGCCGAUGCUUUAUUUGCUGUUUUACGCGAUGAGUGGGAAGUCGAAAGACCGGAAAUGAGAGGGAAGGAAAUCCGCCAGAUAUAACGCUGGCGAGAGACUCCCAUGAUCAUGCAGCUUGUCGAAGCUACAAGCAAAAAGUGAAAGUCAUAUUCAGAAUCUGGCAAUUGUAUGUCUCGCUCCCUUUUUUUCAGAAACACCAGGCUCCAGAAGCAAAAAGUCCCACCCUCUCAACGGUGUCCUACUUGCGCCAAAAACGGAAUAUAUUUCCCAUGAAAUCCGAACCCCAAAUUGCCAUCAUAUCAUAACAUCGUGUAAAGAAAUAAUUGGUUAAAAAGAAACAGAACUUUUUUUCCAACUCCCUGACUUCGACCAACAUAGUUCGCUCACCCACCUCUUGAAUCGCUGCCUUCUAGUACCCUGGUCCGUGAUUAUAUUCUCUCUCACAGCCUGUUUCAACCUCUUCUCGGUUAUCUUCGUGUGCUCCUUAGUCGCGCGCAGCAUCUCCUCCGCUCGUUGGUUUCUUGCCCUCUCUCUCCCGCGAUGAGCUUUGAUUUUGUCAUCGAUUAAUUUCUGACUAGCUUGUGAUUCUCUCCGGAAUCUCGCACGACGUGUCUCAUCUGAUAUUUCUUGAGGAAUCGCUUCGUAUGGAAUUCUCGGGCUUGGGCAUUCAGGUGCUGUGUCAGACGGCGCUGUUGAUGCAGAAGAUGCGGGUACUAUUGCCAUCGACCACGCCGACGACUUCGCCGUUGCUGUACCAGCUCCCAAAGCUGCAGGACUCUUCGAGCGUUUUGGGUAACUGCUCUUGAAAAUAUUGGAGGGAUUUGAGACACUGACUCCUGAGUCGACU